AUGGUCCAACUUUCAACACAUCCCUCCUCUGGGGCGUCUCACCACUUGGCAGCCAUCUUGGUGAUAACUCUGGGAGCAUGUUUGAGCAGAGUUGCCAAUAACCAGAGGAAAUUGGUGUACAGAGGGGACUCUGACAUAGGGUUGCAAGUCUUCUGUGGUGCUAACUGUUUCCUGUGUGCAGGGUUGUCCUGCAGGGAAGUGAAGUUCAGAGGAACUAUCGAUGUGUCCAACCUGUCUGACAAGAAAGAUGAGGACGACCUGGACAUCUGCGUGGCUUUCUGUAUGGACCAGCUCAACACGCGUCUCCUGGACCUCAUGAAGACGUCUGGCGUCCGAGAGGUUCGCAGGGUUCUGGGCAAGUAUGUCCAGCAGCUCAAAUCAGCCAGGAAGAUGAUCCCUGGGGUAACUGUGACCUCUGAUCCCACAAAGUUCGGUCAGGGAAUGAUUCUUCCCACCACCAACGCACUGAAGCAGCAUUCGCCUGUGGCGGCCAAGAAGAAUGAGGUUAAGACCAAUAAAACCCAAAUUAGCCCCGCCGCUAAGUGCUCCUCCAGUACCGCCCCCUGUACCACAGGUGAUCGUAUCCUAACCUGCAGUUUUGAUCUGAAAGAAACAUUCCAGCUCAUGAACUCCACAGGACGUUCAUCAGCCAAGAGGUACUCAAACAGACUAGGAAAGACCAGAAGAAACCAGAACAGACAGGAAAUACAAGAACGAGUUAUAAAUGACGCCCCAUGA